UCCAGCUUCCCGUUCGACCGGAAGUAGUAUUCUUGUUUACAUUUUAAUUUUUGCGGUCCAAGGAGCUAAGUCGUACAUGUAGUGGUUAUUUAAAAUGGUUGACACUUGAUAAGGAUUAUUUAUUUUAUAGUACAUGUAACUUACGCAUUUUUUUGGAUAUGUCUGCUCGUUGUUGUUGCUGCUGUUGCUAUUUCACCGUUGUUUUUCUGCUGUCAGCUCCAUCAUUCUUGUCCCUUAUGCUAGUAACGGGCGAACAGGUCGCCUUAGUGGAGGUAGUAUUGAGGGAACGUCGGGACGCCAGUACGGUUCUGCAAGGCGAGGUGCUCGAGGCGAGCUUGGAAAGCCGCAGAGUUACCGAAAAACAUGAUCAACAAGCGCAUGAUUUUGAAGGAGACCUCAUAUUAGUGCCGGAUGAAGAUCGGCAGUUGAGCCGGAGGAAAGGUAAGGGUGUCCAAGCCAAAGACCAGAAACCAUGGAUAGGUGUGGUACCGGUCAAAGUGGAGGAGAGCAAAGCUUCAACUUCCGGGAACAACCAGGAGUCCUUUGCUGCUGCAGUUGUCAAUAAAAUGAAACGGGCCUUGGUCCUGGGGGCUUCCGCACUCAUCAUUUUGGCCCUUAAUCAGAACACGGUCAGAGAGAUGGAUCUAUCCCAGGUCCUCUCCAAGCCCAUAAUCAUCAUCCAGACAUCAGAAAAUGUCACUAAGCUCAUCGGCGCCCUCCUCAGGGGCCUUCAUGCCACCGCAAAAAUCACCUACAAGACUAUUUUGCAGGACAACUUGGGGGCCACCCUGACAUUGUGGUCUACGUGUGGUCUCUCCAGAGGCGGCCUGUAUGGAGAGUGGCAGGGGGUUAUCUGCACCGGAGAGACAAACACACAAGUUCAGAAGUACUUGCAGCAGCUGUGGAACACGGUCCUCCUGGUGGCUCUGAUACUCUGUACUGGGGUCAUAGUUCAGGCUCGAUGGCAGUACCAGGAUAACCAGCUCAACGACGACCUGGAGGUACAGCCUGGGGGGGUUAUAUCUGGUGUACAAGGUAGUGUUACCAAAACAGGACAUCCUGAAGAGACUGUUGUCCUUGAAGACCAGGAAAUACCGCCAGCCCAAACUGCGGUGCGACCCGGCGCAGGGCCUGGCCGCAGAAACGGAGAACUGUGCUGUGUGUCUGGAGCAGUUCAACAACAACCAGUGUCUUCGCGUGCUUCCCUGCCUCCACGAGUUCCACCGGGACUGCGUGGAUCCGUGGCUGAUGUUGCAGCACACUUGCCCACUGUGUAAACGCAGCAUACUCAGUAACCUUUGUCGAGAGAGCUAAUAAGGAGAACCCAGACCCCCUUCCCAACCUGAUCGGAUAAUUGAGAUCAUGUUUUGUUACAUCAUAUUUGGUGACUCAUGUUUCCAGUAGUAGUUUCAGACACCUCUUCCACAUCCUGCUGCACUGGAUUGUGGGUCGGGGAUCUUCUCACGGCCACUGGCCCUUCCUAUUAGACGAUGGUAUUGAACUCCUGAUCUUUUGGGGUAUCCUAAUCCUGAAGAAACUGCAUUCAUGUAUGUGUUACUGUAAACCAAAUGUUACUGUACUGUACCAGUACUAUUGUUGAAACAAACAGUAUUUAUUUUUCCUGAGAUCACUAAACUGUAUGUUACUGUAUUUCCCAUCACCCACCACUCUCUAGCUGGUAUGUCAAGUGUACAUGUGAUAGAGGGCUGAGACAUAGUCGAUGGGGCCUAAUGUUGGGAAGAAUGUUGAGAACAUUCUAGAAGGGUAUUUCACUGUUCUCUGUUUUUUUACAGGGAAACAACUGGUAAGUCCAAUGUGUUUUAUUGUAUGGAAAACCUAGCUCACAGCCUUUUUAAUCUUUGCAUGGAUGUUCAAUGCAUUUUGGCACAAAGCAUGGUUAACAGUUUGUUGCUGAAUUGAUGUCAGAAUCAUUUCAAUAGUGCAUUUAAAUUUUUUGGAUAUCCAUGAGCUGACACUAAUGUCAACAGUGUACUGAGGGGUGUUGACAUUUGUUUUACCAAUACUUUUAUUAAACGCUGGUAACUGUUACCAGAAAAGUAGUGGCCGUAGACAGAAAACAUUUUACAAACUCCUGAAGACGGUUUCGCUUGGUACUGUAGUUUUAUUUAAUAUUUGUGUAGUACUUUAGUUAUUUCAUUUUAAUCGAGUUACCUGGCAGAACUGAAAGACUGGACCAUGGCUAGCCAGAGUAGUAUGGGAGGUCAAAUGGCACCACUUGAAGUGCACUUCAAUCAUCAUCUUACAGAAAUGUGAACACUUUAAAUGCUUCUUACAAUCAGCUAAUGACUGGUUUUGUUUGAGCAAUAUGGUGGAAAGUGCAGUUUUCUAUGUCUCUGCAGUUGAUUGCAUUGUCUCUUCCACCUAUACAAUUAUUUUAGAAAAACAAGCACGUUGUAUCAGUGGUAACACUUAAAUUCAGAGAUAAUACAUUGAAAAAAAAGCUCUUAAACCACACUUAAACGUAUUGGUGAUUUUAUUUUUUUUAUGAGAACUUCCAAAAUCACAUUGUAAAAGUGAUUUCUCUUUUUUGUUACAAACAUGCUCUUCUACAUCUUUCUGGAUGAUUCUCACAUUGUACGGUAGUUGUACGUGGCUAGUGGUAGAAGUCUCUAUACCGUCUGAUGCCAGAACCAUACUCCCAACACACAGGAUUAUGUUGUUACAGCAGGUGGUGAGGGUCAGCUGGGUGACAUGAACUCUGCCACCUCUGGUCCUAGCCUGUCUUUUUGUCUGAAUCUGUACUCAACUGACAGGUUCUGGUCCGUCGUUCCUCUAUUUUCAACAGAAGUUUGAUUUUGGUCAGGCUGAUCUUGCUUUUCCUUGUUUUAUUCCUUGUGUAUCAAAUGUUGAUGAUGUCAAAGCUAAUGAUUCAAUCAAUCCAAAUCUUAAUAAAUGGAUUAAAGCUU